GGAAGACCAGGCGUUGAAUUUCAUCUUGAACAUCCUUCCCCUGCGGCGGUUCUUCAGCUAAUUUUUCUCGUCAACGAAGGUGGGUUGAUUUCAAUAUGUGGAGAUGAUGUCGUUCAUCUUUGGAAUAUUCGUCAAAAGCCGCCUGAUAUUGUUCAUUCCCUCCACUUUAAACUUCCGUUCCAAGUUCAGAAAUUUCGUGCAAGCGUCUGUGCAUCUCUCCACCUUUUUGCUCUAACAAAUGGCGAAGUAUGUGAUUUACUUGCAAUAAAUGUCGCUUUUCCAAUUUUAAGCAUUGCCGACAGCUACGUCAUGGAAGAGGGGCAAAUCCCCAGAUGCUUCUUACCUUUUUAA